CGUACCUGUGACGUCGUCAAUCAAUGAAAAAGGAGGGAAACAGACGACAUCUUACUCGCGCUGUUAGAUUGUACGUAUACACUGGUGGAAUGGUGCGUGUAUUUUAAAACAGGUAGCAAAAUCUCUUGUCGAUAUUUAUAUAUCUACAUAACACCGGUAAAAGGUCUAGUCAUUAGAGCGCAAUCGAACGACUGGCGAACAGUGAUAAUGUUUACAAGUGAUAUAGCGUUGAAUUCGCUCUCGAUUGUUUAAUUACAGUUAAUUGGACAUAAAUGGAAAUUAAUGAGAAUUCUUGACGGAAUUUGGUGCUUAAUAUUACUAAUUUGAAAGCAUUCAAACGACACUCUAUUGAGCUACUUAACAAGAUACGAAAGGAAUUGGAUAUUCGUUAUUUGUGUAUUGGAUUUUAAUGAAUUAAGUGAUGAUCACUGGAUGCAGAAGAUAAAUCUCUGAAGCAGACGAUGGGUUAAAAGGAGAUCGAAAUGGAGGCUUAUGUCAAGAGAACGUACGCCCAGAAGAACCGUCCCGGGGGAACGACCAACAAAUACCCGUUCUGGGACUAUAGAUCACGUAGAGGAAGUUUAUCAACGUCUGCCUCCAAUUCUUCUAAUGAUGGAAGCAGUAUUUCUUCCAUCGGGUCAAUGAGAUCGGAAGGGGAAAACAUAAGUUUGUCUGGAAAUUCCGACAUUGAUUCCAUUAUGCUGAGCGACCCCUACCGGCUAACUGUGCAUUUUUUAGCGGAUUCUCACGAAGUUUAUCCUAUGAUGGACAUGUAUCAGCCCGUAAUUGACUGGGUGGAUCCAGACCUUCAUAUUUUCAAGGUCUCGGAGCGGAUCAAUGUUUCUGAACAUAGACAGAAAAACUUCCCUGAUUCGGAUGCCAGCCUCCCCAGUACCGCCGUUAUGAUAUUCUUACAGGAGGAAGGCAUGUUAGGAUGUGAAAGAAUUCAAACUGCCAAAAUUCAUUUUGAAAAAUCUCCAUGGAAAUUUCACCAUUCGGAGCAAGUGUCCCGAGGCCGGGUUAAUCCGUAUCCAUAUAACAGUCAGGACUUCUUUUAUACCUCAGAAGAUCUUCCGCUUUGGGCUGUUCGGCAGGUGCAUUAUGGGAAAGAGCAUAUUCGAAUAGUAAUAUUUGCUAGUGAAGAAAACUGGGACGACAUGGUACAUUUCUACAAACUUAUCAUAGGAGCGGAUCCAGAAUUGUUACGGGAAGACUUCUGUUUAUUUACGGUGCAUACUCAUACACAUUACGACGUUCAAUUUGCAUUAAAAAGACUCCAAAAGGAGACAAAACCUCGACCUCUAGAAUGUGUAAAAUUACAAUUUCGUGUAACGGACGUCGGCCAUAUUGUGCCACUUUUCCCAAAUGUUUGUAAACCUUUAUCAGACACUCGAUGGGAAACCAUGGACCAUGAUGGAAACAUCAUUGUUUUAGAAGUAACAGGCUGCGUCUUGCCAUCAGCAAACAAACCAAUAGAGAACAAUGUUACCCGUAAGAGAUCAGACCGGUCCGAUACCUCCGAUAGGUCACGUGGUUCCAGUCGGUCGUCUUCGGAAACCACAUCGAGUCAGUCUGGGAAAACGAUAGAAAUGUCAGGGUUUUAUGUUUGAAAGUUUGAUUUGUUUGGGUUGAUACCUCAUUACAUGUCUGUGAUAGUGAAUGAAUGGUAUUUCCGAUCACGUAAAUAAGAACUAUAAUUAUGAUGAGUAUUCAGAAGUAUUUUUUUUGAUAAAUCUUGUGUGUGAAUCUUUGUUGUUGAAAAAAUGUUGUCAGAAUUGAUAGAAGUGCAAUACAUUCAUUAGCAGCCAAUUAGACAGGAUUUGUGAAAAGCAGAGGAAAUACCAACUCCUACCUUUCCCAUUCAAUCUUUUCAAUGCAUUGAUACCUAAAUAUUUUUAUUUGGUAAAACGAGAUCUUCUCUUGUCAAAGGACCUUUAAAUAUCUUCGAUGGUUAGAAGUUUCAAAUUCUUGCUAGAAUAAAUUAUAUGCUAAUCCAAGUUAUCCAAAAUGUCAUUCGUAUU